UGAUCAGAAACAAAGAAGAAGCCCACUCUGUUUGCAGAGAAGAGAAGAGAAAGAAAAACAGAGGAGACUCCUUAUUGGUUUUCUCUGUUGUAUUGAAAUUAUCAGUCCUCUUAGUGAUUUUCCCUUUCUUUCUUAGAACGAAGGAAGAAGAAAGGAACAGAAAAUGGAUUCACCUCAAGCGAAAAAAAGUGGGCUAAAUCUUCCAGCUGGAAUGGCUGAAAGGUCGCUUCGGCUCGAGUCGUCAUCGGGUUCUUUUCGAGCGAUAUCGAGCUUGUCGUCACCUUCGAAAACCUCGACUUGUAGUGAUAGAUUCAUACCGUGUAGAUCGUCGUCGAGGCUACACACAUUUGGGCUGAUUGAAAAGGGUUCCCCUGUGAAAGAAGGCGCAAAUGAGGCGUAUUCCAGGUUGUUGAAAUCGGAGCUUUUUGGAUCUGAUUUUGGUUCUUUUUCCCCUGCAGGUUCACAAGGCCAAGGGUCGCCUAUGAGCCCCAGCAAGAACAUGCUGAGGUUCAAGACUGAACAUUCUACCCCAAAUUCCCCUUCUAUUUUCGGUCAAGAUGCGGGGUAUUCCUCUGAAACCUCAACCCCUCCAAAGCCACCUCGAAAGGUUCCCAAGACCCCACAUAAGGUUCUGGAUGCUCCAUCGCUUCAAGAUGAUUUUUACUUGAAUCUUGUGGAUUGGUCCUCGCAGAAUACAUUGGCUGUUGGACUUGGAACUUGUGUUUACUUAUGGAGUGCAUCAAAUUGCAAGGUGACUAAGUUAUGUGAUUUGGGACCCAAUGAUGGUGUAUGCUCAGUCCAAUGGACCAGAGAGGGUUCCUACAUAUCGAUUGGAACCAAUCUUGGUCAAGUUCAGAUAUGGGAUGGAAGUCAGUGCAAGAAAGUUAGAACCAUGGGAGGACAUCAAACAAGAACAGGUGUUUUGUCGUGGAAUUCUCGGAUUUUAGCAUCUGGAAGCAGAGACCAUAACAUUCUUCAACAUGAUCUCCGGGUUUCUAGUGAGUUUGUGAACAAGCUCGUCGGCCAUAAAUCUGAGGUUUGUGGACUUAAAUGGUCAAACGACGACAGAGAGCUUGCCUCCGGUGGAAAUGACAAUCAGCUUUUGGUAUGGAAUCAGCAUUCUCAGCAGCCUGUGUUGAGACUAACUGAGCACACAGCUGCUGUUAAGGCCAUUGCUUGGUCACCCCACCAAAGUGGUCUUCUUGCAUCAGGUGGUGGAACUGCUGAUCGAUGCAUUCGUUUCUGGAACACUGCAAAUGGACACCAGUUGGAGUGUGUCGACACUGGAAGCCAGGUUUGCAAUCUGGCAUGGAGUAAAAAUGUUAAUGAACUUGUGAGUACACAUGGGUAUUCCCAGAACCAGAUUAUGGUGUGGAAGUAUCCAUCAAUGGGAAAGGUUGCUACACUAACUGGACAUACAAUGAGGGUGCUGUACCUUGCAAUGUCUCCCGACGGUCAGACAAUAGUAACAGGUGCAGGAGAUGAAACUCUUCGUUUCUGGAAUAUCUUCCCAUCAAUGAAAACUCAGACACCAGUCAGAGAUACGGGCCUGUGGUCUCUGGGACGAACGCAAAUUCGGUGACAAAAUUCUCACAUGGGAUGCUAAUUUUAUUGAUUCUCUCAUUCAUAAUUCAUAUUUGUAAAUGCAGUUUGAUAUGUGAUCGUGUGCAGUCUCUGCAAUUCUUUCCACGCACGUAAAGUGUAUGUGUUGUGUGCAAGAGAGUAGUCUGAGUGACAUGUUCAACAGAGAAUUAUUUUGAUUCAGAUAUGUCUAGAGAGUGUGUGAGAAUAAGAGUGUUUAUUUUUGUUCUUGAUCAACACAAUUUCAAUGAAAGCCACAUUUCUAACUA